UCGAGACCAAAUUCCGAAGCACAGCUUCCGCCCAAAGCCCACCACAGAAAUCCAAGCAAGAACAAGAAAACAAUCAACACCUCAAGAUGGCCGAACCCUCAAUCACAAAUUUCCUCCUGCGCUCCCUCCUCCCCCCCGACGCCGCCGACUUUAUCCACAAAAACGCCCUGCACCCCUCCUCGCCCCUGCAACACCUCAAAUCCCAAGCUCUAAGCGCCGCCUCCCGCGCGUUCGACGAGCUCUACCCGUACCUCGCGCCCGCCGUCGACGCGACCCUCGACUUUCUACACUCGUCGCCCGAGCUCGUGUCCUUUGCGGUGCUGCUCGCGCUGCUGGCCGCGACGGUGAUUGUGCUGAACUGGAUCCGGCGGGUGGUUGCGUUUUGGACGGCGCUGGUGCUGCGGCUUGCGUUUUGGGGUGGUGUGGUUGUGGUGGUCGCGGCGGUGUGGCAGAGGGGCGUUUUUGAGACGGCGAGGGACGCUGUUGUUUUGGGCGGGAAAGUUGUUGGGUUUGCGGCUGCUGCGAAGGAUGUUUGGGUUAGUGAGUAUAGACGGUAUGAGGAGGAGACGAAGGUGCAGGGGAAUAAGUAUCGGUGAAGGAAGACGACACGACGAGAAGGAACUUUGCUGAGCAGUCUGGGAGAAGGUUGUUGGGAAUCGAACGGUGGGAUAUACCCCGGGGAAGGAAGACGUUGGAUUGUUUUGGAAAGGGUGGGGGAGGGGGGAGAUACGAUUGUACAAGGCCUACGUAACGGGGCAUGACGGCGAUAUUCGACCUGUUGGUUAAUAAAGCCCGAGGCCGUGGGGACGACUACAGUACCAUGGGAUAGGGCUCACGAGACUGGAUAAGCAUCGCAUAGCUGACGGAAGGUUGAAGACGAGAAGCUCCACCGCGGCUCA